UUACAAAGCCCAAUUUAAAAGCCGCCCAGAAAAGCCCAAAAGAGGCCACUAGGGUUUUUCAGAAACUUAUACCCCAGCCUCCCACAUUUUUAUACUAACCCUUUCUUCUUUCCUCAACUCUCUGCCCCCCUCUCCAUUUUGCCGUCGACCAAGGAAGGUAGGUUUGUUUUAGGGCAAAGCAAAAAAAACAGCGAAAAUGGUUGAGCAAACUAAGGGACGAAAGGAAGAGGUUGUGACUCGGGAGUACACCAUCAACCUACACAAGCGUCUUCAUGGAUGCACCUUCAAGAAGAAGGCACCAAAUGCCAUCAAGGAAAUCAGAACUUUCGCCAAGAAGGCAAUGGGAACCAAUGAUGUUAGAGUAGACGUGAAGCUUAACAAGCAAAUCUGGAGCAGGGGAAUCAGGAGUGUUCCAAGGAGAAUCCGUGUUCGCAUUGCUCGCAAGAGAAAUGAUGACGAGGAUGCCAAGGAAGAGCUUUACUCUUUGGUGACUGUUGCUGAAAUUCCAGCUGAAGGUUUGAAGGGUCUUGGUACUAAGGUUAUUGAAGACGAAGAUUAAGCAAUUAAGUUCUUCUUGAGAUUUUACUAGAUAGUUUGCACUUUGUUUUAAAGGCUUUUUUGAACAAUAGAAGGUAUUUUGGUGAUGUUUAUUGCAGUGAGAUGGUCACAAGAUAUGAAUUUUGAUUUUGUUUUGUUAGUAAUGACACCUAUUAUCCUUCGAAAUUGAAACAUGUAUGACUUGCAAUUUUGCUGUUUUUACGUUGAUUUUUAUUAACUGAA